CGCUCUCACACACCCGACUCCACACUUCCUCAUUUUUCUCCCGACAACAACAGACAGAGGAGCAGCUUUACUACGUGUGUUCACUGUAUAUCACCGAUAUCGGCGUUUUUUCCCCUUACUUUUAAAAAUACGAACGUUAUAACUUCCGAAGUUUAAAACCCGAAGUCACCUUUUUUCCCCCAGCGAAAAUCCUUUAGCAGUUACUCGCACACGGAGUCGUGUUUAUUACCUACAGGCGCUUUUUCUUGGUGGUUAAAAGUGCGUACAGGUAAAAACCCGAGCGUCGGUUAGUGUUUACAAACAACAAUAAGAGGAAGAAGUUAGUGAAGGAGACGCCAUGGUGCUGAAGUCAGAGGACGGUGUCGUGCCAGAGGACCUCACGCCUGAGGAGCAGCAGGAGCUGGAGAACAUCCGGCGCCGCAAACAAGAGCUGCUGGAGGACAUUCAGCGUUUGAAAGAUGAGAUAGCCGAGGUGACCAGCGAGAUCGAGAAUCUGGGCUCCACUGAGGAGAGGAAAAACAUGCAGAGGAACAAGCAGGUGGCAAUGGGCCGCAAGAAGUUCAACAUGGACCCAAAGAAGGGGAUUCAGUUCCUAAUUGAAAAUGAUCUUCUAAAGAACACCAGUGAUGACAUUGCUCAGUUCCUCUACAAAGGCGAGGGCCUGAAUAAGACAGCAAUAGGGGACUACCUUGGAGAGAGAGAUGACUUUAAUAUCCAGGUUCUGCAUGCAUUUGUGGAGUUGCACGAGUUCACAGAUCUCAACCUUGUUCAAGCUCUCAGGCAAUUUCUUUGGAGCUUCAGACUGCCAGGUGAGGCACAAAAGAUUGAUAGGAUGAUGGAGGCUUUUGCCCAACGCUACUGCCAAUGCAAUCCGGGAGUCUUCCAAUCCACUGACACGUGCUACAUCCUUUCCUUUGCCAUCAUCAUGCUGAACACCAGCCUUCAUAACCCCAACGUGAAAGACAAGCCCACUGUGGAGCGCUUUAUCUCCAUGAACAGAGGCAUCAAUGAUGGCGGAGACCUACCCGAGGAGCUGCUACGAAACCUGUACGAGAGCAUCAAGAAUGAGCCAUUCAAAAUCCCAGAGGAUGAUGGCAAUGACCUCACACACACAUUCUUUAAUCCUGACCGGGAAGGCUGGCUGCUCAAACUGGGAGGGGGACGUGUCAAAACCUGGAAGAGACGGUGGUUUAUUCUUACAGACAACUGCCUAUACUACUUUGAGUACACUACAGACAAAGAACCCAGAGGCAUCAUUCCUUUGGAAAACCUGAGUAUCCGAGAAGUUGAAGACAAGAAGCCGAACUGCUUUGAGCUCUUUAUACCGGACAAUAAAGAUCAGGUGAUUAAAGCGUGUAAGACAGAGGCAGAUGGGCGCGUCGUCGAGGGCAAUCACACAUUCUACCGCAUCUCCGCUCCCACCAGUGAGGAGAAGGAAGAGUGGAUCAACAGCAUCAAGGCGGCGAUCAGCAGAGACCCAUUCUACGAGAUGCUGGCUGCCAGGAAGAAGAAAGUCUCCUCUAUAAAGAGGCAAUAAAUUUGCUCAGGGUGACUCAGGGCUGUGUGAGUGCUCACCCUAGUGGAGAGAACUGACACUUGCAGUGGGAGAAUGAGACUGGUCUCCUUCCCCCUGCUUAAUCUCUUGUAAUAAUAAUGUAGUGUCAUUAUCAGGAGGGACUGGGGGUUGAGGACACUGGAGUAGGACUGGAGUAGGACACUGGAGACUAAAAUAUAAAGUCAGGACUAAACUCUUUGGUCCCCAGCAGGAACUGUGCCUCUGCUCCUCUUUCUGUUUAAAUGUCCCUCCCCUCUCCUCUUCACCUCAGUGUGUGUGUGUGUGUGUGUGUGUGUGUGUGUGUGUGUGUGUGUGUGUGUGUGUGUGUGUGAGAGUGUGAGUGUGAGUGUGUGUGUGUGUUCAGGGCAUUCUGCUUUGGCCUUUUUCUUUAAAAAAUCCCCAAAGAAUCAAACUCAGUCUUAAUGCUAAACCAAAAUGCACACUUCCUCUACCCUCUUUCUAUCUAGUUCCUAACUCUAUCUCCCUCGCUAUCUCUCUACCUAUUUUUAUCUCUCUUGCUCUUUUAAACAUGUCUUAACAACACACACACACACACACACACACACACACACACACACUUUCUCAUUUAAUCAGCAGGUCUGACAGAAUGUUGGUUCCCAAAAAAGACCUCUUCUCGAUUUCAAAACAGGAAAGACCUCCCUGUGUUCUUUUUUCCUUUAUGUACAGGAAAUAAGUGUAUUUUUACAUUUCUAUCAUCUCUAUAUUCUGUUUCUUCUCUUAUCAAUUUGAGAAACGGCAUUGUAAAGCACAGAGGUGCUUAUAUGAGAAAUGGAAAAGAGGGUGUUUAGUGUACACCGUGCAGGAUGUGGGGCAGAUUUACUUAUAAACCAUCUCACCAAAUGUACGUAGACAGAUGACUGUCACACACAUGUAGGUCUUCCCUAAACAAUUGCUAUCAGGUUGUAAGCACACGGUUGUCUAGAGUGUCUUUGUAUGAUGUAAUAUUUAGAUUUAUUUAGGCUAAACCUGUUCCAGCAUGACAAUGCUCCUGGACAUAGUGGCUAUCAUAAGAGGCAUGCCUUGUUGCUGAACAUUAGUGCCCUCGCUCUUGUAUGUGUUUGGGCACAGAUCCCCACAGCCAUGGUCCAACCUCCCAGAAGAGCAGCAAAGAGGAGAUCAACUCUAAAUAAGUGCCCAUGGACAUGGAAUGUUAGGGUGUCCACAUACUUUUGGCCAUAUGAUGUAUGUCAAACUUAAAUCGCAGGUGUAGGCUUCAUGUGUGUGUGCGGGCUAUUCAAGCUCCCUGUAUACUAAAAGGCGGAACUGUUCUAGCACUCGUACUACUUCAGGCUGCUUUGUGAAUGGUGAUCAUGUCUUUUGUACUGAAACAUUUCAAAAAACAAACAAAAAAAGUGUGUGUUGUUUUAGACUCUAAAACUGCUUAAUAAUUAAAUUUGCAAAUGAUCGUCACUAAGUGAAUUUGACUUCAACAGAGACAGGACUUGCUGCACCUUUAUUGAGCCCUUGUAUGUAAAGUAAUGUGUGCUCCAAAAAACUGUCCACAGAAUGGCCCGUUUUUUAGCGCAUGCUUUAACUUCACCCUUUACCUUUGGUUUUACUUCUAUAUUAUUUUACCAAGCUAGCAUUUUCCAUUCUCUGAACAAAGUCAUACAUCUGAGCAGUAUUGGUUUAUUUAUCAAGGAUGUAUAUACUUCAUUGUAUAGUAAGUAUCUUUCUGCAUUUUAUAUAAAUGUGUGUGUAGCAAAUAUAUUAUUAGCCGAGUGCCAUUUCUUUUUUCUUUUUUUGUUCCUUAUAAAAUUGUACAUUUAAGCCUCACAAGUGUGAGCUCACACAUUUUUAGUAAAAAAAUCAAUAAAUAAUAAAUAAAAAAAUAUAUAAUCUAAACAUCAAA